CGUUGGUACCCAUCGCACUGUUGAUAGUUCAGUACAGAUCAAUCAUUUGAUCGGUUACAAUGUUAAAGGUUUUGUGUUGGAUUUUGAUAUAAAAAUUGAAUAGUCGUCUGUGAAGUUACUAUUGUCAUCAGUGUUUUUGUUCAAUUGUUUUAAUUUUUUGUCAUUUUUCGACCAAAUAAAAAAUAUUUUUUUUUUGUUAUAAGCUUAUGUUACAAGUUGAUGGAGUUUGUGAUCACGUAUGGAUAUAAAUCGUAAUUUAAUUUGUGCGGCAAUUUUAAUGACGAAAAAUUGAAUUGAACUUUGAUUUGUUUAAAAACACAAAUAUUUCACACAAAAAGUUGCUGAAAUGAAGGCAACAUACAGUGUCAAUAACAACAAUUCCGUGGUUGAUGCAAAAACUCAAAACCGUGAUGGCAAAGCAACUGACUCAACAGAAGACUUUAAAGAGGUCAGCUCAUUUCGAACGAUUUUCCCACAGGUAUUAGCUAGCUCGGCUAAGAAUUUGCUACUACUAGAUCUGGGCCUAGCUGCUGCCUUCCCGACAAUCGUUAUACCAGCAUUGCGUGGGUUACAAAAUGAAAAAAAUCCGGAUGAAUUCUUGCAAUUUUCGGCUGUGCAAGCGUCGUGGUAUGGUAGCAUGGGUUAUAUUUGCCAACCGAUCGGAAGCGUUUUCUCCGGAUUAGUGUCAGAGCCGCUCGGUCGCAAGAAAGCAAUGAUUUUGGUUAAUAUUCCUCAUAUCAUUGCAUGGACAAUGCUGUACUUUGCGUCGUCGUUAGAGGAAAUUUACAUAGCCGCUGUUUUACUUGGAUUGGGCAUCGGAUUCAUGGAAGCUCCAAUCAUAACAUAUGUCGGAGAGAUUUGCCAACCGACCUUAAGAGGCAUACUGACGUCAUGUGCUGGAAUUUCAGUGAUGUUGGGUUUUUUCAUUGUUUUUUGCUUGGGAAGCAUAAUGACAUGGCGAUAUGUGGCGAUUAUUUGUCUUAUUGUUCCGUUGAUAACAGUUGUGGCGAUAUGCUUUGUUCCCGAAACGCCCAUGUGGCUCCUAUCAAAAGAUCGACCAGAUGAUGCAUUGAAAUCACUUCAAUGGCUUCGAGGAUGGGUGCCAGCGAAAAAUGUCGAAAAAGAAUUCGCUGAAAUGAAACGCUACAGCGUUUAUUCGAGCUCGUGCGCGUCAUGCCAGAAAACCAAGUCAGUUUGUGAGCAUCCACCGCCAACAUUCAUACAAAAGCUGCAAGAACUCACUAGGAAGAGAAAUUUGAAACCGUUCGUCCUGGCGCUUCUAUGUUUCGCAUUUGCGCAGCUCUUUGCUCCCAUUCGUCCGUAUAUGGUUCAGCUUUUUACCGUUUAUGGAAUACCGAUGGAUGUCAAUUGGGCAACGUCUGUCGUAGCACUAUUGGGACUGCUAGCAAACAUAGUUUGCACUUGCAUCAUAAAAGUAACCGGAAAACGAAAAUUAUGGUUGGUAUCAAUGGCAGGCACUUUACUGAGUUGUUUGGGACUGGGAACGUACGCCUAUAACUUCAUACCGUCUGGAUGGAGUUCGUUCGACAAACAUGAACCGAUUGUAGUCGAAGGACAUUUUAACUACAUUCCGAUGAUAUUGUUCUUCACGUUGGCAUUUUUCACCAGCGUUGGAGUAACACCCAUUCCGUGGAUAUUGUUGAGUGAAGUGUUUCCGUUCAAAUCGAGAGGAUUUGCAACUGGCAUAACGGCAGCCAUAAACUAUCUACUCACAUUCAUAUCUGUAAAGACAUACCUAAACUUCGAAACAUGGUUCACACUAUCGGGAAUUAUGUGGAUUUAUGGAGUUGCCGGAUUAUUUGGGCUGUUUUGUGUGUACAGAUUCUUACCGGAAACGGAGAAUCGAACAUUGGAAGACAUUGAAUUGUAUUUUACGGAUAGUAGACGCAAGUGGACGGACAUUAAAAUAGUUAAGCAAACGAGUAUCGAUGGAAAUGUUGAGACUACCGACAAGGAUAAUCGUUCCGAGAAGGGCUGUGAUAACAAAGCUUUUGUACAAAAUCUAUAUUAAGUUUUUAGAAUUUUUAAAUUUUACCCAUAUUUACGUAGAUCUAAGAAGCAUUUUAAGCGACGUCCUUCAUUCUGUUAAUAUUUAAAAAGUAUCUCCGAAUACAUGGUGUCUCUUGUCAGCGUUUUUUCUGACAUGUUUUAUUGAAA